AUGCUUACGCCAACUAUUGCCGUAAAAACUAGCUUUCUCUAUGCCGCCGGGAAUACACCAGCGACCAGCCUGACCAGAUCAGUACCACAAGGCCAAGACGUAACUGUUCUGUCGCUUGGCUGUGGUGAUCUGCGCAACAUUCUUUACACAACAUACCUUGAGAAAGGCUUGCGUGAGUACCAGUCAACCUUUCCUCACCACUUGAAGCUAAUCAGAUCAGCUCAGAGAAAAAUUGAUUUCACUUGUUGCGAUGUCGUCGAAAAGAUUGUUGCUCGCAAUGCUUUCUUCUUGAUCUUCCUGCUUGAUGAGGAUUGCAAGCUGAGUGAUGAACAGCUUUGGAAUGUCUACUACCACUUUUUCGUGGACGAAGAGACUGCGAACAUUGUAUCAGAUACUGCUACUAAGCUGCUAAGCGUCUCCAAAUCCCUUGAUGAAUGGAACAGCAGUAUAUGGGGGAAAUCUAUCCGAUUCUGCGAUGCUGAUACUCUAUCAGAUGUCCGUCGUGUUUGGAUGUCAAUCAAAGCUGUGGCAUCGAAGUGUCAAUCCGAUAGCUAUAUGGAGACAUUUCAGCAGAACAUCCAACCAUCUAAGGACAUCCACGAACAAAAGCUUGGUGAAGGGCGCACCAACUUGUCAGCUAUGCGUUCCGCAGCGCCACUUUCAAUACAAGCAGGAACAAAACUCGGGGAUAUAUCCGCUCAAUAUUGGAAAAAUGGUACAGUCACACCUCGCCAAGCCAAAGACAAGCUGCCAAACCCGCUCCUUGCAAGUCUUCUCUCCGAGAACGACAUUCUGCACUACGCUAGUGAUCCAGUCUUGGGCUUUCAUCUGGCCACGGCCUAUGCUGCUCUUCUCGAAGGCUCUCCACUUGAGCCGAAGAUCAGAGGAAAAGAAUUUGUAGCCUCAGCUGCUGCUAAGACCCAGUUCAAUGAAUGGAUCUCUGCUUUCAAGUCGUUGCAGAGCAAUAUUGUCAUUCGCUUCGCCGUUGCGGAUGCCUUGACACUCUGUCACAGUUUCCAGGCGGCGCAUACAACAGCAAAACCAGCCAAUCUAUACCGGCGAACCUGGGACCCACGCCCAUUGGUCUUGGAUCCAAAGGACUAUGGAAAGGGUGGUUCAGGGCCAUCGGCGUUCGAUAUGAUCGAUACCUCAAACCUUUGCGACCACAUUGGAGCCCUCAACAUCCUCUUCGCAGCAGGGCCUCUUCUCAAAGACGAGCCGUGGGCGUCGCUUUUCACAGAAUUGCUGAUCAGGUCUGAGGGUGAUCAGAAGAAUGCUCUAGACAAGAUUCUCUCUGGACAUGCGCCGACCAUCUCACUUCUGCUUGGUUUCAGUCCUGUGCAGUACUGGACCAAUGCCAAGGUUGAGUCUCAUGUUGACGAGAUUUUCCUUGGACUCAUGAACGAAGCAAAAGGAGAAACGCAAACCCGAAACCGACUGGCUUGGAAGCGAGACAACCAGUUUUCGGGCCAGGCCCGCCACGGGAAGCUGCAUAUCGACUCAAAGCAGCUUAUCAAAUUGCUCUCGCCACUCUAUGACUACAUGUUUGAGGCUGAGAACAUAUCACAGUCAAAUGUGGGACAGAGGUCAAACACGUAUGGUCACUUUAUCCGUACAAGCUUCGCUACCAUGCUCAAGGUUGUCAUGGCCCGGGUUGCAACAGACUGGCCAUCCAUGUGCUCAGCUCUCAUUGACUCCAUUGCUCAAGACCAUCGCUUUUUGCUGGCUAGCAAUGGCAUGCAAGACCUGUGCCUUCAGCUUCACCUUCUUGGUGUAAACACAGAACCAUGGAUUAUCCAGGAGAGCAGAAGCCUUCCCCAAAAUGGAGGUUUCAAUCGCUGGAAAUCCCUUCCACCAGCAGUCGCUGUCACGGUAGUUGUACCUAGACCGGCCAUUGCUCGAUUGUAUAAACAUCAAAAUAACCCUCUUGGGCUUGCAUCACCGCCACUUGUUGGAUCGGUGAGAUCCAGUCAUAACGCUACCGAAGGAUGGCAAAAUAUAUUUGGAGAUAUCCAAAUUUCCUUUGGUAAUGUUAAAACCAAGAAGAUGUCUGAUGAGGACGAGUUUCAAGUGGUUAUUGAAAGAGAUCGGGAUGGAUGGGCCGGAGAUUCUCCUCUCGUUGCAUCUUUCUAUGUGCCCACUUCAACGCUGCAGAGCGAGCCCAACUCAGCAUUGGUGGGACUUUGUGUUCCACCUACGGGGCAGAACUCCUUGAUUUAUGGUCCCAUUCUGGGAAUGACCAUGACUGUCUUUGAAACGCGCACUGAUGACAAGGCGAGCGUAUUCGUGACAAAGCAUUUACCCGGGCACGAUGGUUAUCCUGCUGUAUGUAGUGCUGUGAAGUCUCUCGAGAAUGCGGUAAACCAGGGCCUGGAUGACAAGACCACCAAGAUUCUGCUCGAGAUAUCACCUUCUGAGUCUGUCAUCUCUACCGUUACUGGACACUUGGACAUUACUUCGAAGAAAGGCAAGGGGUUGCUGAAGGAUAAGGUCCCGAUCGAGUUUCGUCAGAAGAGCCCCUUCGUCAUUGAUAUUGUUUUCGGCAAGCAUGAUCUUAUUUGCCCUCUCAACUUUCCGGUGCCUGUCAUCAAGGAUGGAAUGAAAUCUCGAGUUGCUCGAACGACAGGCUACAUCGAAUUGAUAGCGCCACUGGCACAACCUGGGUCUUCUCCUAUACUGCUGGAUUUUGCAUACCCUUCAGCAAUCUCUUCGUCUGGCGUCCCGACUUGUCUCAACAUGCCGCACCUGAACCUCAACAACCUUCCUGUCAUUGAUUUGGAAAACAAGGACCGAAACCGAUGGAUGACAACAUUGACAUCAAUGCAAUUUUCAGCCCGAGAAAAACACCUACGUACUGUGCGCGACGAAAGCGGAAUUUCACAUGAUCCGAUGGUCAACUUCAAGGAAUCUGUGUUUACCAUGUUUAUGAUUGCCACUGGCUUACAGGCUGGCCAGACCGGUUUGUUUGCAAUCAACCACCCGAAGCGAGGUGGUAUUCACAUGCUUGUUUUCGUCUCCGCCAUCCGGAUUGAUGGCGAUGCUGCAUCUGUUGUUAUUGAUGCAGCUAUUAUCCCGUUCACGAUGGAACUUAUUACGUCGGGCCGGAUGGAAUCCUUCCUUCUUAUUCUCCGGGAACUUGAAUGUGGCAGUAUCGAUGUAGAUGAUGCAGAAUUAUGCCUUUGGAAGAAGGCUCUCCCAUCUAUGGUUGAGCGGUGCCGUACCUGGUCUCACAGCAGGAGUUGCGAGUAUAAGAGUAAGGGGGCGACUAUUCCACUGAGUCUCAAAGAUGGUGAACAGGUUCUGUGCUCGUGUGGUAACGGGCUCCUACCAGAAAACUUCGUGUCUCUCCCUGAGUGGGAAAACGCAGCGCCGAAUGCAGUCCGUAUUGCAAUCAGCCCGACUUAUGCAAUUCCGUUCAACGAAGAAGUCAUUGACCCUGCUGAUGUUCCCAAGAUGCGGAACCCAGUGACUCGGGUAGAAAGAUGUCGAAGCUGUGGAAAACCAGAGGACCAGGAGGGAGUUACUUUGAAGAAGUGUUCACGUUGUCAAAGGGUGAAAUAUUGCUCCGGGGAGUCCCAUCCGCUAUUGCCUGUGACCAGCUGGUGCAAGCUUGUGCGAUUACGAAAUCGCGAAACCUCGUACACCAGCACCGCUUUUUCAAGCCUCGAUCUAUUUGAUCUCGACAUAGCCUUCGUGCCCACUGAGAUCUACAAUCAUGUCGGCAGCACAACUCCUCAACCCCAAGGCCGAGUCCCGACCAAAGUGGCCUUGCCUUGCAACCUGCUAACCCGCUUGUCGCAGAGGAGGGGCGAAGCUCUGAAGGUUAACAUUAGCGCUGGUGAAGGCCUACAGGAUGUUUUGAAGUCCAAUCUGGGCCCUCUGGGCACCAUUAAGAUGCUUGUUGACGGUGCGGGACAGAUCAAGCUGACCAAGGAUGGAAACGUUCUCCUCCGAGAGAUGCAAAUACAAAACCCUACCGCCGUUAUGAUUGCUCGAGCAGCGACCGCUCAGGACGAUAUUUGCGGUGACGGAACCACCUCUGUGGUUAUGUUGGUUGGCGAGCUUCUCAAGCAGGCAGACCGAUAUAUCUCUGAAGGACUGCAUCCUCGUAUCAUCACUGAUGGUUUCGAGGUUGCCAAGGUUGAGGCCCUUAAGUUCCUCGACUCUUUCAAACUCGCCAAGGAAGUUGACCGAGAACUCCUCCUCAAUGUCGCCCGAACCUCGCUCGCCACCAAGCUCAACUCGACUUUGGCCGCCAAGCUUACACCCGAUAUUGUCGACGCCGUUCUUGCUAUUUACCAGGCUCCCGCGAAGCCCGAUUUGCACAUGGUGGAGAUUAUGAAGAUGCAGCACCGAACAGCCGCCGACACUCGGCUGAUUCGUGGACUGGCCCUUGAUCACGGUGCUCGUCACCCCGAUAUGCCUAAGCGACUCGAGAACUGCUACAUUCUCACCCUCAACGUCAGCCUGGAGUAUGAGAAGACUGAGAUUAACUCCAGCUUCUUCUACUCUAGCGCUGAGCAGCGUGAUAAACUUGUUGAGAGUGAGCGUCGAUUCGUCGAUGCCAAGCUCAAGAAAAUUGUCGAGCUCAAGAAGGAGCUUUGCGGUAACGACGGUACAAAGAACUUUGUUGUUAUCAACCAGAAGGGUAUCGAUCCUCUUUCUCUUGAUGUUCUUGCCAAGAACAAUAUUCUUGCUCUCCGACGGGCCAAGCGAAGGAACAUGGAGCGUCUUCAGCUUGUUUGCGGUGGUGUUGCUCAAAACAGCGUUGACGACUUGUCUGAGGAUGUUCUGGGUUGGGCUGGCCUUGUCUACGAGCAGACGCUCGGCGAGGAGAAGUUCACCUUUGUUGAGGAGGUCAAAGACCCUAAGUCUGUUACUCUGAUGAUUAAGGGACCUAACGCCCACACCAUUGCUCAAGUGACAGAUGCUGUCCGAGAUGGUCUGCGAAGUGUUUACAACAUGAUUGUCGACAAAUCUGUUGUUCCUGGUGCUGGUGCUUUCCAGGUUGCCUGUGCUUCUCACCUCAAGAGUGAUGCCUUUGGCAAGUCCGUCAAGGGCAAGGCCAAGUGGGGUGUUGAGGCAUUCGCUGAUGCCCUUCUUAUUAUUCCCAAGACUCUGGCUGCCAACGCCGGUCUUGACAUCCAGGAUGCUCUUGCGGACUUGCAGGAUGAGUAUGCUGACGGCAACGUCGUUGGCCUUAACCUCGAAACCGGUGAACCUAUGGACCCUGAGCUGGAGGGUGUCUUUGACUCUUACCGAGUUCUGCGAAAUUGCAUCGCCUCCAGCUCCAGUAUCGCAUCUAACCUGCUUCUAUGUGACGAGUUGUUGAAGGCUCGACAGAUGGGUAGAGCAGGCGGACCUGGGCCCGGCAUGGAUGGACCUAAUGAUCACAUGUAG